GCCAUCAUCUUUGCCUGCAAAAAUUCCACUAACAGCUGCAACAAAUAAAAUACUUUCUAAAAACAAAAACAGAGGAAACAUUUUAUUCACUUCUCUUUCAUGACACGUCUGCCGUAUCUCCGGUUACCAUCACAAAAGUGCUUGCCACCACGUGGUUUGGAAGACCCUCUUGUCCCUCGCUCCAAACUCCGAGAGGGGAAGUGGGAACAACCAAAUUAUAGAAAAAGGAGAAGCAACUCAGAGUCACAGAGAGAGAGAGAGAGAGACAGAGCUUUUGCAGCUUGGGUACUCGGAGAAAGUUGUCAUUUUCCGGCGACCUUGUCGGAAUAUCUCAUUGUUCCAGCGGAAAUGGCAGAUGGGCUUCCGGCGGGGUGGACUGUGGAGGUGAAAGUCAGAAAGACCGGCAAGAAAGACAGGUACUACAUUGAUCCGGUUAGUGGAUACAUGUUCCGCUCUAUGAAGGAAGUUUUUCACUAUCUUGCAACUGGAAAGCGGGGAAGGAACACCAAGCCCAGGGAUAAAGGCAUUGAUGAUGUGAGAUUGAAAGAUAAAAAUAACUCUGCAUCAGCAGGCUGUGGAGGAAUGAAACAUAUUACGGGUCAGAGCCCAAAGUGGAAUGAGAUGGUAAAGGAUGAACACGCCUUCAAAAAUGCCUAUACAAAAGGAAGAAGAUCCAUUUAUAAGCAUAAGGAAGGCAUCGGACAGAUGAUCUUAAAUUUUGCAGAGGCGAAGAGUUUGGAACAAAAAGAAGAAAGGAGUAAUCCUCCUACAAGUGCCAUUGUUUUCCUCCCUGCUUAUGGUGCCCUUCAAGCAAAGCCACCAUUAGGAAAAGAGGUAGUAACCCAACUUGACAUGUGUGAAUCCAAGAACAUAAAGGAUCCUAACGUGCCUCAACUGGCCUUGAAAGUCCCUGCUCAUCCUGAAGUCAAUCCAACAAUCAAACUGAAAACCAGUAAUCAAGCUUGUCGAGUGGCUGCAGCUACACGGUUCAGUGGGCAAGAAAAAACUAAAUAUAAUGGUUUUGCCUCCAAUAGAUGUGCUUAUGGAGCACCCCUUUGGCUUGAUCAGCAUAGGGCUGAACCUGGACCCCCAAAGUUUGCCUCUUAUAGAAGCACUGAAGUGCCAUUUGACAAUGGCAAGAAACAAAUCAGCAACUUUGCUGAUCCAGAGAUUAAUCCUUUUGACAACUUUACUACUCUAGAAAAGGGUGUUGGAAGUGUAGGAGCAGAGAGUAAGGCCAACGAGAAGCUGGGAUCACCUGCCUGCUUGCCAUUUGGAGAUUCAUGGCCAGACCCAUGCAUAGAAUUUGCCGUAAAAACUCUCACAGGUGCAAUUCCAGUUGAAGAGGGCAUUGGUAUGUAUCAAGAUUUUUUCCAGCAGCAGCUUGGCUCAUCACAAACUCGUGGGAAGAUGGCUUGACAUUGCCAGAUGUAACUUCAGAUUUAGAUGGUUCAUGCCAAAAUGAUCUUUAGUGCAUGCAAAGUUCAGAAAUGUCACAAGCGAAUCGGUCGACACCUGCAUGUUGAAGAGAGAAAGAAACUGAGGACUGCCAAAUACAUGAAUAUGCUGGCAGUGAGUGACCUCAAAUUGUAAAAAAAUAAGAAGGCUGUGUAUAUAGAAGCUUUCAGGUCUUUCAGUUUGACAUUUUCCCCUGCUUCUCUGUAACUGAUGCUUUAAAUAUCUGUAUGGUAUCUCUUUAAUUAGGCCUAAUUGUUUCAA